GAGACAUGGAGAGAAGUUGUUUUCUCUGUUCGUCAACAGUAGUGUGUUCGUGCUUUCUAAGGAUAGUUUCCUCUCUUCACUUCGGACAUUACUUUACUCGUGGAACUCUUACAGAUGAAACUGAGGGAGGAUUUAUUAUUAAAGAAACUUUCGUAGAAUGGUGAACAGGAUGAGACAAUUCAUAGUAACCAUGAUACUGGUAUCAACAGUACAGGCAGAUAUAUUUUCUUCCACGGCUCACCUACAAAAUCUUUUGCACCUGGAGAGGCACCUAGUGACAACACUCCACGAAUAUGUAGAAAGAACUGAAACAAAGCUCAAUGAAGUUAGAAGGUAUUUAAAUUUAUUUUAUGAAUCUUACCAAGAGGUUCUAGAAGAAAAAGUUCCUGUCUCUAGUGGAGAGGAUGAAAUGGUUGGUAACCCCCUUCAAGCUUUUCAACUCAUCAGGCGGCUUGCUGUCGAUUGGGGAUUCGUUCGUAAUGCUAUGCAAUCUGACGAUUGGAACCCUGUACGAAAAUUGACAAAUGAUUAUAAGCAAUUGAUGCCAAGUCGUGAUGAUCUCCAAGGAGCAGCGCUGGCGCUGAUACGACUUCAGGACACUUAUAAAUUAAAUAUGACAGAAGUUGCCAAAGGGGAAAUUCUUGGCAGAGCCCAAGGAACCAUACUUACAGCUAGAGAUUUGUUAUAUCUCGGAAAAGAAUCUUUUACCGCCGGCUAUUAUGCUCACGCUAUACAAUGGCUGGAAGAAGCUUUGACCAAAGCCCACCAAGAAGGAAACAGAACGGCCGGCGUUUCGGAAGUGAUGGCUUUUUACACUUCUGCUGUUGAUAUGCAUGAUAGACUGUUUGAACGUACUGAUAUAGAUGUGGCUGAUUAUGACACUUUUGGACAUCCAUUAAAAGGGCAACAUUCCAGAGUUGCCAUAGCUGCAGGGCGGCAAAAACCUAAAUUGGGUCCAGACAUUUCAGUCCAUGAUGAACAGGCAAAUUACAUGGCUCUGUGCAGAGGAGAAAGGUUAAGAACUCAUAGUGAAGAAUCUAAAUUAACCUGUCGAUUGGAUAAUCAGCGUCAUCCAUAUUUUCUCUUACAACCUCUGAGGAUAGAAGAAAGAGGACUCAAUCCAUACGUCGUCCAGUUCCAUAAUCUUCUAACCGAGUCACAAGUAGAUUUAUUAAAGAUAAUUGCUGAACCAAGGUUGGCUAGAUCGAUGGUACAGGCUGGUAAAGGGAGUGAGGUCGUUUCUGUCAGCAGAACGAGUCAAAAUGCAUGGGUGGGUCCUCAUGAUCACCCGCUGAUGGCAAAGGUGUACCAACUUGUAGAGACUGUCACUGGAUUAUCCACUGAUGUAGACAACAAACAUGCAGAAAUUGUACAGAUUGCCAAUUAUGGAAUGGGAGGCCAUUAUACACCCCAUUUUGAUUAUUUACUGGUGGAUAAAGAACCAGAAGAACUGCAGUACGUACAUCCACACGAACUUGAAUCUGGUGAUAGAACAGCAACACUUAUGUUUUAUCUCUCAGAUGUAACUAGAGGUGGAGCCACAGUUUUUCCAAAAAUUGGGGCCAGUGUUUGGCCAGAAAAAGGUUCAGCUGUGUUUUGGUAUAAUUUGAAGAAAAAUGGUAAAGAGGAUCCGAUGACAUUGCAUGGUGCUUGUCCAGUUGCUGUCGGUAGCAAGUGGGUGGCUAAUUUCUGGAUUCGGGAGAAAGGACAAGCAUUCCGAAGAAGGUGUGAUUUAGAUCCUAAUCUAUGACGUAAACAAUUUGCAGACUGAUCUUAUUUAUAAAAGAAAAAGAAGAAUCGGAAAGAAUGUAGAUGUUCUGUAUAAAAAGACAAUUUAAAAAAAUAUGGGGAUAUUAUAAAAAAAAUAAUUUGAGACUAGUCUUUUUUGAUGCUAACGUAACGAAAAUAUGGUUUAUUUUAUAAGUAAAUACUAAGAAAAUCUGAUUGUGGUGAUGUAAAUUGGUAAAAUACAGUUUACAAUAUAGUUUAUAAUCUGAUCUCCGUGUGUAUGUAUGCAUUGUACAAAGUGUGUAAAUAAAUUGUAAAAGAUA